AUGGAUUUAGCAAUGGUUACACCAAUUUCUACUCACCAGCAAACGUUAUAUAGCUUGAAAACAAGAGGGCUUUCGUAUAAAUUGUCACCAACCAAAUGUGAAGAGUUGCUGAGUUGGGGUGGCCGUUGUCAUCAGGGAGAAAAAUCCACCAAUAGUAAGGAAAGGUACAUUUUGAAGAAUGUGAGUUGUGAAGUCAAACCAGGGGAAUUAACAGCAAUCGCAGGUCCUAGUGGAGCUGGAAAGACCACAUUGUUAGAGAUUCUCGCGGGCGUAACUGUCCCGUCUUCAGGGAUCACCGGCGAUGUGCUUGUGAAUGAUCGGCCCUUAAAUGUUGUGCAUUUUAGGCGAAUCUCGGGGUAUGUAACGCAAGAUGAAGCUCUGUUCCCACACCUCACUGUUGAAGAGACUCUUGUGUACAGCGCGCGCCUCAGGCUACGCUGUGGACCUGAGGCGGCGAGAGAAAGAGUUACGGAGCUGUUGAAAGAGCUUGGAUUAGACCAUGUUGCGGGUACAAGGAUUGGGAGUGAAUCCAGCAGAGGAAUUUCUGGAGGUGAGAAGAGAAGGGUGUCCAUUGGGGUGGAUUUGGUUCAUGAUCCAGCUGUAGUUUUGAUUGAUGAACCGACAUCGGGGCUUGAUUCCAAAUCAGCUCUCAAUUUGAUGCUGCUCCUCAAAUCUAUGGCUAAGAAGCAAGGGAAAACAAUCUUGAUAAGCAUUCAUCAACCAGGUUAUCGAAUUCUUGAAUUGUUUGAUAAGGUCAUUCUGUUAUCUGAUGGAAUUCUUCUUCAUGAUGGACCCUUGUGUUGCCUAGAAGAGAGGCUCAAGUCCUCCGGGCAUUGCAUUCCUCACCAUUUCAAUGUGCUUGAAUUUGCUAUUGAUGUCUCAGAAAGCCUGGAAAUGGAUGAAACUGACAUUGAGAGUUGUGAUGAUGAUCAGCUAGAUGAAAACAGUACCAAUGAUGAUCUUGUUGGGAAGGUUUCUGUUUUUGCCCAUGUCGAAGAAGAAUUGGAGCGAUUUUCUUACUCCAAUUCUCCACUCAAGGAGGUAUGGAUACUGUCUCAGAGAUUCUCAAAGAACAUUUUCAGAACAAACCAGCUUUUCGCGGCCCGAACAAUGCAGGCUUUGCUUGCUGGGAUACUAUUGGGGACAAUAUUCUUGCAUGCAUACAGCAAUGCCAAUAAGACAUCAAGCUUACAGAGCCAGAUUGGAUUCUUUGCAUUCACCCUGACAUUCUUGCUGUCUUCAACUACAGAAGCUCUGCCGAUUUUCUUGCAAGAAAAGAGGAUUUUAACAAGAGAGACCUCCAGAGGAGCCUAUAGGUUAUCUUCUUACAUCAUCGCAAACACCUUAGUAUUCAUUCCAUUCCUCUUGUUAAUAGCCCUUCUCUACACUACUCCAGUUUACUGGCUUGUUGGAUUGCGCCGUGAUAUUGAUGGAUUUCUGUAUUUCUGUCUGGUGGCUUGGAUGGUUGUCCUAAUGUCAAACUCAUUUGUAGCCUGUUUUAGUGCCAUGGUGCCGAAUUUUGUUUCAGGAAUGUCGCUGAUUGCAGGCGUGAUAGGAGCAUUCUUUCUCUUCUCGGGGUACUUCAUAUCGAAAGAAGAAAUGCCCAAGUAUUGGAGAUUCAUGUAUUACCUGAGUUUAUUCAAGUACCCUUUCGAAAGUCUGUUGAUCAAUGAGUUUGGUGGCAAGAAUGGGGCAACGAAAUGUGUCGAAGGUGCUGGAGGAUUCUGCUUGCUGUAUGGUCAUGAGUUCUUGAGGAAGCUAGGGAUAGAUGAGUCUAAGAAAUGGAAUAACCUAGUAGUGAUGCUGUUUUUCGUGGUGGUUUACAGAAUCCUAGGUUUUGUGAUUCUUUGGUUCAAAUCCUACAGGACUAGAAGUUAG